GUGUUUCCACAGCUUACGAUUGAGCUGGCACACGAUGCUGGCAUCAUUUGAUUAAUUGGGCGUUUGUUGACGACUCGUUUUUCUACGUUUAUUUCCUAGCUGGCUAUCUAUUUAUAGGUGUAGUGAGAGGAAAAAAACGCUGACACGGGAUAUCAUGUAGAAAAGAACGGGCGGGAGCGACUGAAGAUAGGCCCUCCUCCUCGUUCGACCAACAUUUUGGCGCAAAAAAGCACAGAUACGCACCAAAAGAAAGAGCAUUCAUCCAUGGGCUGUCGUGAUGAGCGGUCUCAUUAUCACCCCUGUACCACUGCCACCAUCGAUUGGCACUGCCUGCCCGUCUGAUGGUCUCCUCUACGAAUCAUCGCCUCAAACUGUUGAAUUAAAGGCUGCAGAGCCAACGGUUGGCAGUUCGUAUAAAAUUGGACAAUCACCUCACAUCGGAAGGCUUCUAAUCGCUACGAGAGACAUUAGUGCGGAUGAAGUAAUUAUCGAUGGGGAAGAGGCACUUGCCGUCGGUCCGAAACAAGCGACACAUCCGGUGUGCCUGAAUUGCUAUCGACGCGUGGACGGUAGCUAUUCGUGUCCGCGUUGCCAAUGGCCGCUAUGUUCCGAAGCGUGUUGGCAAUCAGAAGACGGCCAUCAUCAACGAUACGAAUGUGAACUAUUGGCCAGCAGACACGUCCAUCCUACGAGAGAAGAACUGAAACAAGAAGACUGUCGGCUUUAUGAUUGCAUCGCACCUUUGCGAAUUGCCUUGGACAGUCAGCGAAAUUCGGAAAGAAGUCGACUAUGGCUCGGAUUGGAGGAUCACCGGAUGUACCGGAAGAGUAUCGGCAUUUGGCAGAUCGAUAAACAUACUGUUGUCGAUCCAGUUCGUAUCAAAUGGCAACUGGGCGAUCGUUUCGGUGAUGAAGAAUUGCAACGAGCAUGUGGCGUCUUAGAAGUCAAUGCUUUCGAAGUCUGCGAUGAAGACAAGUCCAUCAGCGCACGAGCUGUUUAUUCGCAUGCCUGCCUGAUGGCUCACGAUUGCGUUCCAAACACGGCGUGUACCGUGAAUCCUGCCACUCAAAAGAUGACCGUUCGUGCGGCUGUCGAUAUUCCAGCUGGCCAAAUGAUCACCACGUCCUACACUUUUACGUUGGAUGGGACAUUACGUCGUCGGGCGCAUUUGAAAGAAACGAAAUUCUUUGAUUGUUGCUGUCAGCGUUGCUCGGAUCCGACGGAAUUGGGCAGUCAUCUUAGUUCAUUAGCAUGUCCUAGAUGUAGUGGUCGGAAUUAUACUGUUCCUGAAGAUCCUCUCAAUCCGGAAAGCUAUUGGAAAUGUCUGGGAGAGCAAUGUGGUAACAGAAUUGGUCCAUCUCAAGUCAAUCAGCUGCUCACCUGUCUCCAGCGCAAAGCAGACGAACUCAAUUAUGACGAUACUCGAGGACUGGAAAUAUUUAUUGAAACGUGGUCUUCUAUUUUGCAUCCGAAUCAUUCGAUCUUGAUUGGAAUUAAAUAUUACCUAUGCCAUUUCUAUGGCAAUGCACCUGGAUAUCAACUACAUCAAAUGCCACUCCAUCUGUUGGCCAGGAAAAUCAAACUCUGCGAAGAGCUGUUGGGUGUUGCUCUUAUUCUUGAGCCAGGAGCUUCAAAUUUUCAUUGUAAUAUAGAUAAAAGUAGCUUAAUCAAAGAACUCGAGUUGACCGAAAGAGAAUUCGCCCGAGGACAGACAUCUGAAGAAGACAACGAGACAACUGAUUUUGAAGAUGACAAUCAGCCAUAGCCUUCGGCUAUCAAUGACGAAAAUGGGGAUUUAACUUUGAUUGAAUUUGCUUUAAUUUUACGUUUUGCUUGACAGAUUGUGUAUACUCGGUUUUGAUGAACUUUGCUUUUUUUGUGAUGUAACCCGCGUGCUUUUUGGCUAUUGAUGUGUACAUAUUUUC